AAUUCUUUUCCCAGAGAAAAUGACCCAAAUGUUGAUAUAUUAGAACUCAUAGGCAAAAUUCGAGCGAAAUUCAAAAAAAUCUGCGCGGUUUUGAAACUACAACCCUCUUUUCCCGAGUCUGACAAACUUUCGUUUUAAUCAUGUCUUCGGUGCACAUUAGACAAACAAUUGACAGUCUUUUGGCGUUUCUGGAACCAUUGUUGGGUUUUGCCAACUGUCACAUGGUAGAUUUUUACACCCAGAAUUCCUACAAAAAAUUUGUAUCUCCGGAAAUUCAAAACGAAAUCGAACAAAUUGGUUACGAAAACACAAUCAAGCGCAUUUUCCUGAACGAGUUUGACGCGACCCCUCAUUUGAAACAAUUUGUCGAAGACAGCUCAAAAUUUACGUUAAAAAACUGCCACGUGUGUCUCAAUUUGGACUCUUUCACUCAAAAACUGCAAUCGUGGGGCUGUGAUACUUUAGAUACGUUCAAACUCGAGAUUUUCAUGAAUGCGAAAAAAUCGCACGAGGUUGAGAUUUUAAGCGCCGUGGCCGCGGCCCUAUUCCGGGUCUCGCAAGCGUCUCAUGUGGUGGAUUUGGGCGAUGGCAAGGGCUAUCUAAGCUCGAUGUUAGCCCUCCAACACCAAAUCCCGGUCGUGGGAAUAGACGCGUCCAACACUAACACUUGUGGGGCUAUCAAGCGCGCCACCAAACUCUCCAAAGUGUGGAACGGCAUCCCCAAGGCGCCCCACAAAUCGCUCCCUAAAAAAACCGAAAAUUUCGCCAGCCCCCACGUUGAACUUUACAAACAAGUCACGCGGUUUGUUGACGAAAGGUUCGACUUGUUGGGGCUUGUGCGGGACGUUUUUCCCAACGUGUCUCACCUGGGGCUCGUGGGGCUCCACACGUGUGGCGACUUGGCUGCCAGUUCCUUGAAAAUUUUUAGUAGAAAUGAGGCAGUCAAGUCGGUCUGUAACGUGGGGUGUUGUUAUCAUUUGCUGGACGAAUCGGGGUUUCCCCUAAGUAGGUUUCUCACAGAUCGGGGGUUUGUUCUUGGACGAAGCGCCCGAAUGAUUGCGAAUCAAUCGGUCGAGAGGGUUUUACAAGAGGGCGAGUUGCCAAACAUUACGAUUUUUUAUCGCGCGAUUUUGCAAGUCUUGCUUGAGGAGUUUUGUACAGAUUUGCCCACGAAACAUGUCGGGAAGUUUCGGAAAGUGCCGGUUAAUUUUUUGGACUACGUCCGACUAGCUUUAAAACGAAUUGACGUCACUCUUGACUUGACUGAUAACGAAGUUGGGGCUAUUUUUUCACGUUAUGAGAAACGACUCAAUGAAUUGAAUGUUUUUUACUUGUUACGGUGCAAGUUAUCACCGGUUGUUGAAAGUUUGAUUUUGCUUGAUCGCCUCUUGUUUUUACAAGAGCAAGGUUUUGAGAAUUCGUUUCUGGUCCAGUUUUUCGAUCCUGUUGUGUCACCCCGAUGUUAUGGCAUUGUUGCAGUUAAAAAUGCAUUGUAAUGGAUUGAAUAAAACACAAUACUGGUUUCA